UAUUUCUUAAUUUCUCCAGUACAGAAAGCAGAGCUGAUAGCGUCAGAGCUUUUAUAGCUUUUAUAGUCAGUUCCUUUUGUAGACAUGGCUGACCCUGGUGUAACAGGGAAGAUUAAAAGCAUUCAUACUACAGUCUUUAAUAAUUUAGCACCGGGGCCAGGUUAAUACCGGGUUUCGGUACCCAUCCCUAGGUAUAAAUAAGACCGGUUCCACCUGCAGGUUCUAAUCACUGGCACCCGAUCUUCAACACCUGAUUCUAAUUUUAUGGAUUUGAAGGUGUGAUAAAUAUCGGAGUGUACUUGCUUGUGAUGUGACUGAUCUGUUAAUUUAAAAUGUGAAAAUUACUAAAAAAUGUCAAUUUUAUGUCAUUUGAUAGUGUAUCACCUUUAUUAAUAGGCACUGUUUUAAAGAUGAUCAAAUGUUUGCUUGUCCAAAUGUGUCAAAAAAGCCAACAAUUUCCAUGGGGUGUACUUAUUUUUUCACAUGACUGUAACUGCUCUUAGUCUUCUAGUUGUAAGAUCAUAAGAAACUACUGCUUCCUUAGUCCUUAUUUAUUAGAGUUGUCGAAAUAGUUAGGUCUUUUAUUAGUCCUAGACUUCUUUAGCCAUCAUCAUUCAGCACUCACAACCCCAGAGGAUUUAAAUGUGAGACAUUUAAAUCCUCUGGCCAUGCUUUACAAUGACAUUUAAUUGUUCUUGGUGCCCGUACAUAGCUGUACUUUCACCGUGAUUAAUGUUAAAGCCUUACACAUCAUAUAUAACAUGGACAUUGCUACUGGUGAUUUAAACUUGAUGUACCAACACUCGGAUCAAAGGGGCAGGUUUGUGUUUGUGUAAUUGAAGAAGCAGUGUAGCAAGUAAGUGAGUAGCCCAAAUUAUCAUGUUGCAGUCUGCCAAAAGUGUGUCCUGUUAUCACAGUACUCUGCUACAGGUUUGUCUUCUUGCAUAACCUUCUAUGAUAGUUGUGGAAUGCAUACUGGAAAGGGCAGAUCCACCCCUACACACACUCACUCUCUCUCUCUCUCUCUCUCUCUCGCUCUCUCUCUCGCUCUCUAUCUCUGACUCGUGUGUGGACACAAACACCAUCACCCUGUCGUCUGAGCAGUGGCUUUGCAGGACAAGGCUGUGUAACCUCAAAGUGCUGUGCUGGAUGUAUGGGACAGUAGGCAGUGUAGGGAGCAGGGCUGAGAGAAGCAGCUGCUGCUGGUCAUUAAGUGAGAUUGUGCUCUGCUGAAGGAGGACAAAGAGGUUUCCUGUGGUGACACAGUCAGCGAGAAAGACCAUCGGUGGCCGUACUGUGUUGACUGGUGGAAGCAUGAGGAUGAAGGAGCUGUCCCUGCGCCAGGACCCUGACCUGAGGAAGGAGCUGGCACUGCUGGCCCGUGGUUGUGACUUUGUCCUGCCUUCACGCUUCAAGAAGAGGCUGAGAGCUUUCCAGCAAGGACAGGCCCAGUUUAAGAAAGAGGAGGCCGUUUCACCAGCGUUAAGCGAAAGCAUUCCGAAGUUCUACUUCCCUCGAGGGAGGCCCAAAGCCAAUAUCAACAUUGACAAUCUCAUUUCCAAGAUAGAGAAAAUAUUUUCUCAGUUUCCCAGUGAAAGAGUAACUAUUGAGGAUAUGGGGAAGGUUGCCAAGGCCUGUGAAUGCCCGCUCUAUUGGAAGGCUCCAUUGUUCUUUGCUUCUGGGGGAGACAGGAGGGGAUAUGUGUCUGUUCACAAAUUUGUGGCAAUGUGGAGAAAAGUGCUGCAGACCUGUCAUGAUGAUGCAUCCAAAUUUCUUCACCUUCUGGCCAAGCCUGGUUGCCCUUAUUUGGAGCAAGAGGACUUUAUUCCAUUCCUGCAGGAUGUGGUGGAUUCGCAUUCAGGCCUUGCUUUUCUGAAGGAGGCCUCAGACUUUCACUCGCGCUAUAUUACCACAGUAAUUCAGAGGAUAUUUUAUAAUGUCAACCGAUCAUGGACGGGAAAAAUAACAUGUUCAGAGCUACGGAGAAGCAGUUUUCUUCAGAAUGUGGCACUACUGGAAGAGGAGGAGGAUGUUAACCAGCUGACUGAGUACUUUUCAUAUGAACAUUUCUAUGUCAUAUACUGUAAAUUCUGGGAGCUGGACACUGACCACGAUCUAUACAUAGACCAGAGGGACAUGGCACGGCACAACGAUCAAGCCAUCUCCCACAGAAUGAUUGAAAGAAUAUUCUCAGGAACUGUAACAAGAGACCGGAAGGUUCAUAAAGAAGGCCGGUUGAGUUAUGCUGACUUUGUGUGGUUUCUUAUCUCAGAGGAAGACAAAAAGACUGAAACCAGCAUAGAGUACUGGUUCCGGUGUAUGGACCUGGAUGGUGAUGGAGUUCUGUCCAUGUUCGAGCUGCAGUACUUCUAUCAGGAGCAGUGUCAGAAGCUGGAGACCAUGGCCAUUGAACCACUGCCAUUUGAGGACUGUCUCUGCCAAAUGCUGGAUCUGGUCAGGCCUGAGAUGACGGGAAAGAUCACCCUCCGGGACUUGAAGAGAUGCAAGCUAGCUCAUAUAUUCUUUGACACUUUCUUCAAUAUUGAGAAAUAUCUGGAUCAUGAGCAGAGGGAUCCAUUCAUGGUGGCAAAGGAUGCUGAGAGUUUGGGACAGGAGAUUUCAGACUGGGAAAGAUAUGCUGCAGAGGAGUAUGAUAUUUUGGUGGCAGAGGAAGCAGCCAACGAGCAGUACAAUGAUGGUUAUGAGAACCCCUUGGUGCCAAUUGACUGCAUCUCCAGUCAGUUUGACCUGUACAGUGAGAAGAGGCACUUGUUUGAGUUCGCUAACCCUCACUGUAACAUGGAUCUGGAUGAGUACGACUACGCAGAUGAUUUUGAAUGACAGCCACUUACAGCGAUAUAAACAUCAAAACAAUCCACAGAUGCACAACACCCAGCAGAGCACAGCAAAACAGGCCACGCGCAACUAACGCCAUGCCCGUAGCCAUUCCCUAUAAAUCACAUCAGCACAGCCACAGGCAUGAGCUUACAAGUUCAUGUCUGUGUUCUGACUGGCCAAAGAGUGUGUCCCAGGUUCUAGUUAAGAUGCAGUACACAGAUAUCCUGGUGAAACACAUGAAGAGGAAGGCUUGUGCUCGCCCAGCACAGCAGCAGUGUAGAAUCAGCUGUACAGAGCCUGACGGCUCCGACUGAGCUCUGUGCCCGAGCAGCACUGGAUGAGCGCUAGACCUGUCAAGCUCGUCUGUCUGCACAGGAACCAAACGGCAGGUUAUUGAAGAACACUUGAAAUACACAAUGUGCUCCAAGUGUAGAAUAUUUAACACACAAUUGGCAAAUGUUACAUUCCACAAAUUAACCAAAGUGCCUACAGACUUGAGCUUGAUUUCAUUAAUGGUGUAUUUUUAAAGACGCUGUGUGUAGGAGUCUGAAAUGCCGCACACUCAGAGCCCCUCGGGGGGGCACUUUUUUACAAACACUGUGCCUGCUGUCAGCCUCUGCAUUGCUGUUUCACAGAUGUGAACGUUGUUUUAAAUUAUAGAUUUAUUUAUAAAUAUUUGUACAUAUUUAUUUGGUGUUUGCUGUGUUUUGUUCGAAGUGUUAAGAUUUAUCUGAAUUUUAAAUAAAUCUUGUUCUUUUUCUAGAAAGGUAUCUUGGACAAUGUACUUUAAGAAUGAAAAAUUAAGCCCUUUUUUAUGAGUUUAAUAAAGUAUUAUAACUUCAUUCAUCCUGUCUAUGAUGAGUGCCAUGCAUCAGAAUGUCUGCCUUAAUGCUGUGCGAGAGUAUGUGCGUGAGAGUUUUACUUUUUGCAGUAUUGAAAUAUCUCUUGAGUGGAGGAAGGGGUGCAGUCAGGGGCUUAAAGUCAUAUUGUACUACUGUAUGUGUUACCUAGUCAGUUGUGUAUUUAGAUUCUGAUGAUAUAUAUUUGGUGAGAUUGAGCUAAACCAUGAUCCUGUAUGAUUAUUCUGUCUAGUUAAAUGAGUGCUGUAGAGAUUUGGACAGAUCUGUAUUUUCUGUGGUUUUUUUAAUAAAUGAACUGA